CAGGCAGCCUUACUGCGGGCGGAAGUGAUGUCAGGGCAGUGCAUGACGUGACGGUGAGAUCUCUGGUAGUUUCUGGCGGAGAAGUGCGUCACUCCUCGGAGUGUACUCUCCCUCCCGGCCGCUGGGAGCCCGGUGACAGGCUGGGGUUGGUAGCCCGGCGCCAGGAGGAGGUCUCGGCAUGGAUUUCUUCAACGUCCUGCAAGUGGCCGCUGCCAAAAAGAGCAACGACGGUGCCACGAAGCGCUACAGCCUGGCAGUGGGACCUCCCAAGAAGGACCCAAAGGUAAAAGGGGUGCAGUCGGCCGCGGUUCAGGCUUUUCUCCGGCGGAAGGAUGACGAGAUCCGUCAGAAAGAACUAGAAGAAAAAAGAAGGAAAGAGGAGCUGUUGGCGAAACGCAAAGAACUGAAACAUGAUAAGAAAGCCAGGGCAAUGGCCUCCAGGACUAAGGACAAUUUUAGGGGCUACAACGGCAUUCCGCUGGAAGAGAAACCUAAGAAGCGCGGUUCAAGUCCACGCCAAGACCCGAAUGGCAACAGUCACGCAGAAAACGAUGAGUACCUGACAGAGGAGGAAAUGUAUGAGUUUUCCCAGACUGAGUCUGAACACGAGGAGGAGGUGGAGGAGGAGCCGCCGCCGCCACCACCACCAAAAAAACCAAAGCUUUCCAAUUCAAAAAAGCCGCCUCCACCAGUCAUGAACUUUGCUGAAUUACUGCGACUUGCAGAGAAAAAACAAUACGAGCCUGUGGAAAUUGUGAAGCCUGUGAAGAAGAACAUCGAAAGACCAAGGACUGCUGAGGAGAUCCGAGAAAUAGAAUUUUUGGAGAGGAAAAACCAUAGAGGGGAUAAGGCAUCUGAAAAACAGCCUAAAAUGAAUAGCCACGCAGUAAAAGUCAGUAAGAGCUCGGCAGAUAAACAUUCCUCUUCCAAACUGAGCCGUUCCGAGGACCAAACUUCAAAGGGCAGCUCGGUGUCCAAAAGCAAUCCUCAUCAUCAUCGUGACAAAUUACAAAGGACUGAGAAAGUGACUAUUGAGAAGAAACACUCUGUGAGCAACAGAUCAGAGAAACCUGUUUCAGUCUCGCACAGUAAAGUCUCAAAGGUGUCAUCUAAUGGGAAUUCCAGGCCCUCAUCUGGGAAAGAACUUGGUGCUAAGCAGUCUUCCUCUUCUAGGAUAGAACCCACAAAUGGAAAGCUGAAGCAAGCAUCUCAUUCUAGGGGCUCGAGUUUAGGGUCAAGUUCUGGGAAGCCUCCAUCAGGAGGCCCUGGGCAUGGUCCUGUGCGGCCUUCUGGCGGAUCCAGCACUUCGCGGCCCCCUGGUUCAGGAAAUUCUAAUUCUGUACGUCCUUCUGGGGGAUCACUUUCUGCUCCAGCCCGGCCAACGACAAGCUCUGGUCCCAAAAAAUCUCCCAUCAGCUCUGGUUCUGUACGCCCUUCCGCUAGCUCUGGAUCCAGCUCUGUACGGCCAUCCACUGCCCCCAGCUCUGUACGGCCAUCCACUGCCCCCAGCUCUGUACGGCCAUCCACUGCCCCCAGCUCUGUACGGCCAUCCACUGCCCCCAGCUCUGUACGGCCAUCCACUGCCCCCAGCUCUGUACGGCCAUCCACUGCCCCCAGCUCUGUACGGCCAUCCACUGCCCCCAGCUCUGUACGGCCAUCCACUGCCUCCGGGUCGGUCAAACAUCCUGGCAGCUCUAGUUCAACAAAACCAACCAAAGUCGGGCACUCAACCAGUAGCUCUAGUUCUGCGCGUCAGUCCAGCGUAUCUGGGUCUGUCCGACCAACCAGUGGAACUCCUUUUUUGUCUAGUAAACCUAAAAGCAUUCCUUUGGCUAAAGAACUUGGCUCAUCCAUGCGCCCACCUGGUGGCCCACCUUUAGGUUCCUCAAGACUUCCUGCUGGUUCUGCUCCUGCUAGGCCAGUUAAUCAUUUGACUCCGGGGUCUGGAUCAAAACCCAAAUGUACAGUGGUGUCCGAAACCAUUUCAUCCAAAAACUUUGUUUCUAAAACUAUGAAUGGGCCAGUAAUUGGAAUGAGACCGGGGCAUGUAAACGGAAUGAGACCUGGACAAGCACCAUCUGGGCAUAGACUUAUGCCACGACCUCCAGGUCCCCCUCUGCCACCGAUAACGAGCUCGUAUAAGCGAGUGCUCGAUGACGAGGAGGAUUAUGACUCUGAGAUGGAAGAUUUCAUUGAUGAUAGUGAAGAGCCCCAAGACGAGAUCUCAAAGCAUAUUCGGGAGAUAUUUGGCUACGACAAAAACAAGUAUAAGGAUGAGAGUGACUACGCUUUGCGGUACAUGGAGAGCAGUUUCCGCGAGCAGCAGAAAGAGGAGGCCAGAAGCCUGCGAUUGGGAAUCCAGGAGGACCUGGAGGAGCAGAGACGAGAAGAGGAGGAGCUGAAAAGAAAAGCAAAGCUGGAAAAAGCCAAGAAGAUUCAAAAGCGAUAACAUCUACUUAACCAGUCCCGAACAUUGCUGAGCCACUGCUGGUGCAUUUCCCUGCGCCGCCACCAGAUGGAGACUGGAAACAUAAAAUAAAUAUAAGGGAGAAAACCAAUUUAUUUGAAAAAAAAAAAGUCCUUUUUUUAAAUGUGAGGCGUGAGAUGAAUUUCUGGCUAUUUUUUAGUUGUCAGAGUUUUUCAACUUUUUGCUAUAGUAUCACGGUUCAGCCUCCCAUCAAAGAGUAAAGUCUGAUUUCUAUUUUAUUUUAUAGGUAUAUAUUGUGGGCCUUGUUCUAAGAACAGAUCGGUCAAUAAAUUAUUCAUAUCCUAAAGAAAGAUUUAUGGAUUUAUCCCCGUCCCCAAAGGACUUGUUUAUCAGACUUCCAUUGUAUAUAUCCAUAUAAUAUAAAUAUUUCUAUCUGCCUACAGGAAUUGCAUAUUUGCUGCGAUUAGUUUAUAGUGGGAUUGUCUGCAAUCCUUUAAGUGCACUUACUGCAACGGCUUAGAUUGGUUUGAUACCUCAACUGCUUAACGGACCUGUAACGGGCGGUAUGGUCCAAUGUACAAUGCCAACUUGUACCCUACAGCAGAGGUUUCCAAACGUGCCCCUCGGGGGAACCCCAACGGUCCAGGUUUUAAGUUUAUCCCUGCCUGGCCACAGGUGACUUAAUUAACCUCUCAGUCACUUUGAUUUAACCAUCUGUGCUGCCCCAUGGAUAUACAUAAACCUGGACUGUUGGGGUGCCUUGUGGGUUUGCGUUUGAGACCCUCUUCCUACAGGAAAGUUUCUCUGACGGGAAAUAAGAUGUUCCACUGCAGUCUCCCUGACCCAAUCCGUUUAUUAUUCCUACCUGUGCCCCUGUCGGAAUGAGAACCUGUCUGUUCCCUAGGAGAUAACGUCCCUAUGCCAUGGGCCUCAUCUGCCUCCGUGGAGUAUGGAGUAUACAUUUUCAUACUUUGUAUUCAGAGUAUUCUAUCAGAGUAUUCUAUCAUUGUUUAAUAAAUACUCCUAUCGUGAAAUCCAACUGAUUACAAUAUGGCACUACAAGUCACAGCAAACUUGACGUCUGACAAAUGUUCUCGUAAAAUCGUCACUUUAUGAAAUAAUGUAAAAUUGGGAAUCCAUGUGCGCUCUCGGAUUGAAACAAAACUGUUGUCCUAGCGCAAACUUGUAGGUAAUCAGCUGUUCCAACUCUGUUAAGGUAACGUCCGGAUGCGAGCGUCUUUGCACCACUCACAGGAGACCACUAUGUCCCCUCACCUGUGGGUGGCAUCCUCCCCCCCCCCCCCCCCUAUGCUGUGUAUAUAGAGAUCUAAUCACUGGUGCUCUCUACACACGGCCAGACCACUGUCUAGGCUAAAAGAUAUUCUUGCAUAUAGAUCUGUAAUCUAUUACUGUCAGAGGAAUUGGCUCAGGAUUAUGAAAUGUAGAUAUUAACACACAUUUGUAAUUUUUUGUUUAAUGGUCCUUAAAGCAGUUUAGUGAUCAUAUCUGGCACACAGCAGAAGAGCCACAGUGUAAUCUGUGUGUGGUCAUGCCAAGUCUUUCAGAUGCCAAUGGGCCUAGCUUGGUGCUUCAGCCGCAAAGCGGUCAUCUUUCCUCUGCAGGCGCGAUCUCCGCUGUCCUCCGGUCUCGCUCAUUGUACUGUCCCCUCUACUGUGCGUCUUGUGCUGCUUUAUCUGUUAUGCUUUCUGUAUGUGGCGCUGCAAGUAAUGGGUUAAAUGAUGUUCCGUCCCCCCAUCCCCUCACAGCUGCAUUAUAUUCUAGAGGUGUCUAACAGAAGUGUUUAUGUAGCAGAACCUAUAUGUAUUUAAACCGAUGUAUGAUGCUAAUUGCACUAACGGGUGUCUUCAAUAAACAGACCGUUUACCUUG